AACGAGUUUUGGAGUAAGUAGUGGAUGUUGGACUAAAAUUGUAAUCUGGACAAAUUUCAAAAGGCAAUUGAUGUUGGAUGACGAUUUCAAAAUUUGUUUGGCAAUGAGAUUUUGACAAGUCAGUGGAGGUAAUAUCUUUCGUCUGAUUCAACUGCAAGGUUUUUGGAGGACAUCAAAGUGAAUUUUAUGAAGUUGUAGUAAAAAGAAUGAUUUGUAAAACAAUUGUUGGAUCAAUCUACAAUCGAUAAAUCUUUUCUCUGGAUUAUAAGAGUGUCUACAAUGAGGUAUCAACUGAGCAGUGGGAAUGUUCUGGUCAUGUCCAAUGUUGACAUGGAAAAAUAUGAUGUUUACUUCUCUGAAGGUAAAUGGCAUGAAAGAAUAAAUGGUUAUGCAAAUGAGAUGACACUAACAGACGAGGAGACAGAUCCUGUCAAUGACGCCGUCGAUGAUGCAUCCAAUUCCAGUGGAGGCUCGGCCGAAGUUAGCGUCAAAUCUCGAGAAAAGCCUUUCAUCCAUUUAGCCGUUGAUCCACCAUUAUGCCACACCUGCCAAAAGUUGGAUCUAACAUUCUUUGACCCUAGCUGUCCAGGAUGUUCCGGUAUCUUAGCCAAUACAGAACAAACUGGGAUUCCAGAAAUCUUUGCGAUUUUGCGCCAAUGGACACCACAGUCGCAGCAAAAUAUAGAGACAUUGAUAAAGGAGAUCCUACAGCGAGGGGCAAAUCCAAACGAUCGGGAUGGUCUCACAGACAUGACACUGCUUCACUUUGCUGCGAAAGCUGGAGCCCACGGAAUGGGAGAUGCCACGGCAGCCUGCAAGGCAGUGAAUCUCCUUAUCUCGUCAGGCGCUGAUGUCUUCAUCAGAUGUCGAUGGACGAAUAUGUCCGCACUUCAUUAUGCUGCUUAUUUUGACUGCCCAGCUGUGAUCCGUGUUCUUUUGAAAGCUUCCAGGGGUAUAGAUAUUGAUUGCACAUGCUCUGAGUUUGACCACGGUGCAGCCCUCCAUAUUGCUGCUUCCAACCUGGCCUUUGAAGCUGCUAAGUGCCUGAUACAGAAUGGUGCCAAUGUGUGUAUCAAGGAUGAUCACGGGAGGACACCAUAUGAUGUCCUUCCAGAUUCAGGUCAUCCUGAUACUAAUUCCGAAUCGGGUCGUCUCGCUCUUAAAAUGAAGAAAAUGUUGUCGGAAGCUGAGCCAGCCACGCCCAAGAAACAGCCAGCCAAUUAUGACCUUGUACCUGGCAAGGUGACUCUGCGAGCCCUGGGGAUAGAACUGGGGGAGAGGGUUGUUGUUGGGGGAGCAAAGCAUGGCACUCUCAGAUACUGUGGUCCGACCGAAUUUGCAGCUGGAAUCUGGGCCGGAGUUGAGCUUGAUGAUCCUGUGGGGAAGAAUGAUGGCACAGUUGGCAAUAUAUCAUACUUUGCAUGCCCUCUCAAAUAUGGCAUUUUUGCACCGAUGAGUAAGCUGACCAGGGAGGGAAUGCGGCCGUUGGGAAGUCCAUCAAAGUCCAGUCCAGGUGUCUCACCAGUUCGUCAACAUCAGCGGGUGGAUGUGUCGCAUGUCGGUGCCAAGGUUGACACAGGUCUCAAUCAUGGUAGGACGUCUUCCUAUGGGUCCGAGUUGGGAACAGACCUCGAGCUUGGUGAUCGUGUGGUGGUUGCUGGUCAGAGGAAAGGAAUCAUCAAAUACAUUGGAGAAACAAAAUUCUCACCUGGGACUUGGUAUGGGAUUGAGCUGGACCACGCUGUUGGAAGAAAUAAUGGGACAGUGAAUGGUGUCCAUUAUUUCACGUGUCAACCAAAACAUGGUGUUUUUGCACCACCAUCGAGGGUUAAACCUUGGCUUGCCAGCAUAUUAGGUUCAAAUGAAUCACUUGACACCUACAGCCAGAGCCUGGACCAAGAACAGCAGCUUCAACAACCAAAAGACCAUAGAUUAUCAGCAAAGUGGGAUUCGUCCCCCAAGACGCGAGGAUUUAAAAAUGCAUCGGGUAGUCUGACCAGCCUUCAAUCAUCACCCAGCAGAGCAUCUACUGCAACCAGUAGUCGGCCACAGAGUACAGGAAACAUGCAGAGACGACAUGGAAGGCAGGCACAACCUGACUUUUCAGGUGAUCUGAAGUUGAGGGAGAAUCUCAGUGUUUUCUGUAAUGGAGAGCUUGGUGUCAUCAAGUACAUAGGACCUACAGAUUUUGCCGAGGGAGUUUGGGUCGGUGUUGAACUGAGGGUACCAAAGGGUAAAAACGAUGGAAGCGUCCAAGGCACGCGAUACUUCACAUGUAAACCAGAUCAUGGGUUACUUGUAAGACCAAGUAAGGUCACCUGCCGAGGCAUUAAUGGAGCAAAACUUUUGGGCGAUGUUACCCAGUAUCUGGAACGAUGAGAAGUGUGCAUGUUUAGUUUGGGACAGACCGGCACUGUUGCAAUUUCAUUCUCACGAUCAGCUGUAUGGACAUCUGAACUUCUGAAGUUCAAGAAAGGAACUCUAAUCAGUUGGUGAAAAUUGAGGAGGACUCUUUGGAAUAUUGGUGCCUUUGGUAUGAAUAAUCAACUGGAUUUUCCAUAAAAGGCAUAUGACGGCUGUAAACAUUUGCAAUUAGCAUCUGCGUCUGUAGGGGGGAAGAAUCGUUCCUCUUUGAAAAGAUAUUGGCUGUCGUUGGUACUGCCUUCCAGCAUUUUUAAAAUGCAUUUCAACAGAGUAGUUCAUUAAACCUUGCACUGGUUGCAGUUGAGUUAGGUGUGAUAGAUAGUAGGAUAGAUGAUAUAUGAUAUGGUAUUGAAAUCAAAAUGCAUGUGAAGUAUACAAUAGGAGCAUAUUUGCAUUUGAAGCCGAAUGUUUAUCAACCGAGUAAUAAUGAGAACCUACAUAUAAAAUGUUUGACAAAGCAUAGAAGAUCAAAGUGACACCAAUUACACCCGAGUUAACAUAGAUUUGACAGUGUCACAUUUGGAAUAAACAAGUUCGACAUCGGCGUUGAAUUAUGUAGAGAUCUUUAAAAUAUGCCAUUACAUGAAGCUAGAUUUGCUGAGUUUGUACUUCUAAAUUAUCAUUAUGUUUAUUACAAAUUUUAAGAUUGUCCUGAUGAUCAGUUUGUUUUGUUAUGUGGUCUGAAAUUAUUUUAUUGAUUUAUUGAGAAAUGCUAUUACUUUUUAUUUCAAUUGAAAUUAUGUUUUGAACUUGUAAAAAAUCUUGAUUUUGUCUAGUUUUGAGGGUAUAGUAGUGAUAUAAAGAUCAUAUAGUACCAGUAUUUUAUGGGCAUGGUGUUAUCCUAAUGAAUCACUUUUUACCAUACCCGUUUAGUUAUGCAACUAAAUAUGAUUAUAACCUCUAGAGUAUUAUUUUAACCCAGUAGCAUAAUAUCUCAUUUCUAUACCCAUCUCUUUUAUCAGAAUAGAUUUUUCUAUCCGUGCUUGGUGCCUGUUAUUGUGUUUUUUUAUUUUCUACUUUGACAUAUAUCAAUAAACUGUAUUGACAAUGAA